AUGUCACGACUAAGGAGCAAAGUCUUGCCUGUUCUCGCAGUAUCUUCUUUGCCUUCAUCACAUCUCACGUCUUCGCCUGACAUACCCUGGGCGAGAGUUGGCUCUGGAAAGGAUCAUCUUCUCUCAGAACUUGAGAGCUUGUACUGGGAUGGCGUCAAAGCUGAGCUCGAAAACAUUGUUCGCACUCUCAAAGUAUGGCAGCAGCCAGAAUAUGCCCAAGUUGAUAUCCAAGAUGAGCAUGACAACCAUAUUCAUGGUUUCGACACUUUUCUCGACCAAGUUUCACAAGAGGCUCGAGCACAUGCCAUACGAUACGGGGAACUAAGAGAGAAGCAAACAAAUAAAUUCAAUUGGUUCCCUAACAGCAACUCCUUCAAUGCCAAAUCUGCCAGAGAUGCUCUCGUAGAUAGCGUAGCAGACUGCAUAACUCAACAUGUUAGUGAUGGCAUCAAAAGCGAUGUGAGACGUGAGAUCAAAUCUGUCAUCAAACUCAACGGGAUAGAGCAACGAGCAUGGAUGCUGCUUCAAGCUGCUGGGUUUCUCGACAUGGAGAAAUUGAUCGAGCAUUGUGCACACCCUGAGAGGCUUGGCUUUUCGAAGAGGCCAGCCAUUCCUCAACUUACACUCUCAAGUGUCAAUAGCGAUGGAAUGCCCAGCUUUGAGCCUCUCCUUUGCAUGCGAAAGCAAUGCAAGAAAGUUGUUAGAAGGAGUAUGUUUGUCCACGACAAACCUGACUCCAACCCUGGCAUCAUAUGCGAAGAAUGCUAUCACAACCAUUACUACGGGAGAGAGGAAUACAUCAAGGCCUACAAGCACUGCAUUCUCGCGGAAACUAUUACUCCUGAGAUGAGCAGAAAGAUCUGCAACUGUGUCGCACUACGACAUGACAAUGAUGGCAACCCCGAGAGUCUAUUUCCUAUCGACAACCCAGAUCAACAUGAGGGAACCGAGACUGCAGGACGAGAAAAAUGCAAGCUGUUGCGCAUCGGCGACACGAUCGCUAUUGCAAAGUAUCAUGGACUCCUAAACAGCGUGGGAGCUAAGCCGCGAACUCUAAAAGAAACCGAAAAGGCUGCGUUGAAGGCAAAAGUUAACGAGAAAGGCAUCGGAAUGCCUCGCAAGAGGUAUUCGGCGGCAAAGCCAAGGCACGGUGACAGUGAUUUUGAGGAAGAGGAAGAACUGAGACAAAAGCCUGAAGCCCAAGGUAACAAUCGGCGUCUUAGUGCCUUCAAGACCGUACAGCAGAUUACUUCGCAUGGAACUGAUGUCAGCGCGGUUGGAGAAGCUUCAGGGGACAAAGAUAUGCCAUUGUUCUUCAGGGGAUAUACGGAAAAAUAUCCGUAUGCGAGUGUUCCCAUGGCUCUUAGAGUUGGUCCUCUUAUCAUCGAGAAUGGUGUUUCACAUACCAAAGGUGGAGCUCGCGUCUCGUUGCGGGAUAUGCCUGUGUUCCAAGAAUACUUUCGUCUUCAGACAACACCUGAGCGAGAGCUGGCGAUUGGUAGUGGUUCUGAUCGUCUUGUUUGGCAACGUAAAAGACAAGUUAUAGACCGCAAGAGAUACAAGGCCGUCAUGAAACAAGUUAUCGGCGUGCCUUUUAGUGGAGGUGGUACCCUUUCUUAUGAUCAGGAGCUCUCCAUUGUCCGCGACCUUUUGGCUGCUUGCGAGCAGCCGUUCGACGACCCCAGCUUAGCUACGUCUGACCAGAUCAAACUCCUAAACUCGGCGCUCGAGCCAGCCUUGAAGAAGCUCAAGGGUCUACUUGGCUCCAGACUUGGAGUCUAUCUCAACAGUAUCUCUGAGCGUCUGUUAGACAAGAGCGUCAAGUUGUCAUGGAGUGCGACAGGUAACAACUGCCAAACAUUCUGCGCUUCUCUCAUCGACAAGAACAUAUUUGGGCCUCUUGUUAACGGGGAAGCUCCCGGUUCGUCUCAAGGCAUGUCUCCUCUCUAUACCAUGAGCUUCGUAUGUCCAGAUGAGGGCUACAAAAAGUCACGAGGUGUACGAACCAAGUUUGACGUCCCAUUCGGACUCACGGAGGAAUACCUCCUCCGCUUCCACUUCGGACGUCACGACGAGGCCGAUAUCAUUGAUACGUAUCAAGAGUACUGGUACGACUGGGGUGCUUUUGGCAGCACGCUGUACAGAUAUCAGGACUUGUAUCCAUGGGACUGCACGGAAGCCUAUGGGAGAUAUCCAACCAAAUGUGGUGACUGCAACCUUUCCAAGCACGUCUGGGCAUUCCCAUUCGAUUCUUGGUCUAUGUCCUCUCAUCACCUAUCACGAGACCGUCACAUGUAUGCACCGGCACUGACCGAUAAGACCUUGACUGCUGUCGGCCAGGACGCUACGCCAAGUUCGUGGAUGCGCAACAGACUUACUGUCCUGUCAGCAAUGUCUACUCUUCACCGAGCAGCCACAGCCAUGGCUCACUCGCUCAAGUUCCAAAAGGCCACUGCAUGGCUACACAAGAAACCGUCAGACUCUCUGCUCGACCCGUCUCUGUCAAGAGUCAAGCUCGGUGGGAUACACCGUGCUCAGCCAUGCAGUCACUAUUUCGAAGCGGGUGUUUACAGCAAUUACUUCAUCGCUCCGUGGGCACCACUUACACGACGUCAGCAGGCCAAGGCCUACGAACUGCAACGUGACGGCCGUGCCAACCUGCCCGACAUACAACUUGCAUCCAGAAACCGCCGUUUCGCUGGGCACACAGAAUUGUCAGAGACCAACUAUCUGGACUUUCAUGGCCAGAACACCCUCCUCCAGAUCGAUGACACAAUUCGCAAUGAUCCACCUUGUCACCACCACGUAGGCAUGCAUAAAGUAGACGGCUGCCAAAGCGACUCGCAUUUCGCUCCCACUUCGAAGACGCCUCACCAUAUAUGUGCAAGCGGGUGUGGAAACGCAACGCGCGACGCGGCCAACUGUGCCAGUGGAGAGACUAUCAGGGCCGCAGAAAUGGCCACUGCUGCUGCUGACGCUGCUCAAGCUGCAGCGGCGAGUGCUUCAAGUGGCGGAGGGGGUGGUUCCAGUUGCGGAGGAAGUUCGAGUUGUGGUGGUGGUUCCAGUUGUGGAGGAGGGGGUAGUAGCUGUGGAGGUUCAUGUUAA